AUGUCCUCCGACGCCCGCGCCCACGGCGACGGCGUCUCCUUCGGCCCGAUCGCGAUCCCCGGCGCGCAGGUCUUCUACGAAACCUCUCAGACGUUCGCGCUGGUGAACCUGAAGCCCGUCGUUCCCGGGCACGUCCUCGUGUGCCCGCGGCGCUCGACGCCAAAGUUUACCGACCUGAGCGACGAAGAGAUAUCGGACCUGUGGCGAACCGUCGCGGUGAUUCAGCGCGCGCUCGAGCGCGAACACGACACCUCGAGCUCUACUUUAGCGAUUCAAGACGGCCCGUUGGCUGGACAAACGGUGCCACACGUGCACGUGCACGUGCUUCCGCGUCGCGUCGGCGACUUUGCCAGAAACGACGACGUGUACGACGAUUUGGAGCGAUGGAACGCGGACGGGAGCAAGGCUUUGGACGACGACCGUCCACCGAGGAGCGCGGAAGAGAUGCGCGCGGAGGCGGACGCGCUCAGGGCGCUGUUUUAG